CCCCUCUUUUCUUCCUUUUGAACUUUCUCAAAAGUCUCUCCUUGGGUUUUUCAUAUUUCAAUCUUUCAAAUAAAUCAAUUUUCUUUCUAUUUUCCGGUUACCAUUUUUUCUUUCCCGUCUUGCCCCCAACCCACCGUUUUAACCACCAUCCCUAUCCCCCAUCUCUCUCUCUCUGAAUUUUUCUCUCUACAGUCUCUGUAUAUGUAGCGGCUGAAUUGGAGUUACAGAGAAGAUGGAGUCUCUCUUCAACACAGACUCAGCCACCACUUUCAAGAAGAUAUUCACUCAUCUUCUCUUUGUAUCUCUGGUUUUGAACUGUUUUAUUGAAUUUAGAUCCGUCGCUCAACUUCUACCAGAUGAAGAAGUUCAAGCUCUUGAAACGAUAUCAACGAAACUGCAGAUAAAUUACUGGAACAUUAACCAAACCUUUUGCAGUGGGGGUAAUUUUUUGAAUGUGAUAGUCUCCGGUAGUAUUCUUAGCAAUGUUACUUGCAAUUGUAACAACACCGUCUGCCACGUCACAAACAUCCAGCUGAAGGGUCUAAAUUUAGCAGGAGAACUACCAGCCGAAUUUGCAAAUCUUAGUCACCUGCAAGAAAUUGAUCUCACUCGCAACUACAUAAAUGGAUCGAUUCCUUCAUCUUUUUCUCGACUCCCUCUGACCAUUCUGUCCCUUGGGGUAAACCGAAUCAGUGGUUCGAUUCCUAAUGAAAUUGGUGACAUUUCUACCCUUGUGGAGCUGGUCUUGGAAAAUAAUCAGCUUGGAGGAUCUCUUCCUUCGAAUCUUGGAAGUUUGAGCCACUUGAGCAGACUUCUUCUUUCUGCUAAUAAUUUUAACGGAACACUACCAGAAGAAUUCAGCAACCUAAAGAACUUAACGGAUUUUAGGAUAGAUGGGAGUACACUAUACGGGAAGAUACCUGAUUGGAUUGGGAACUGGACAAGAAUUACCAGACUGGAUAUGCAAGGAACAUUCGUGGAGGGACCCAUACCAUCUACCAUAUCCAACCUGAAAAACUUAACUGAGUUGAGAAUAUCUGAUCUAAGUGGAUCAAUCUUCAUUUUCCCUGAUCUACGGGAUAUGAAUAAGUUACAACAACUGAUAUUGAGAAAUUGCUUAAUUACUGAUUCAAUCCCUGCAUACAUUGGUGCAUUUACUGCACUAAAAACUUUAGACUUGAGCUACAACAGGUUGACAGGUUCAAUUCCAUGGACAUUUCAGACUUUGGAUUUAGAUUACAUGUUUUUGAACGACAACUCGCUAAAUGGGAAAAUACCAGACUGGUUACACCUUAGAAGAAGUGACAACAUCGAUCUGUCUUACAACAACUUCACAGAUACAUCUGUAGGCAGUUGCAGCGGGUCAUCAAACCUGAAUUUAGCUUCCAGCAUGUCCUCAUCUGUGGAUAGCAACAUAAAUAUUCCUUGGUGCUUGAAGAAGGACUUUCCUUGCUCAAACAAUGCCCAGAACCAUUCCUUGUUUAUCAAUUGUGGAGGAAGCAAGACAACCUUUGAUGGGAAUGAUUAUGAAGCAGACUUAGCGAGAGAGGGUCCAGCAUACUUUUAUGUUUCUGAAGAAAAAUGGGCUUAUAGCAGCACAGGGGUUUUCAUGAAGAAUGAUAAAGCCAGUUACAAAGCAAAUAGCUCUCUCUCUUUGAACGUGACUGAUGAGAUAUACAGAACAGCACGCCUUGCCCCUACUUCACUUAAGUACUAUGGCCUUUGCUUGCGUAAAGGCAGUUAUAAAGUGCGUCUCCACUUUGCUGAAAUAAUGUUUUCAGAUGACCAGACUUAUAGUAGCCUCGGGAAACGGAUUUUUGAUGUAUCAAUCCAAGGGAAUCUAAUUAGGAAGGAUUUUAACAUUAUGGAGGAAGCUAAAGGUCCUGGCAAGGGCAUCACUAUGGAACAUCAUGUUAAUGUUAGUGGCAGCACUCUGGAGAUCCACUUAUACUGGUCUGGGAAAGGGACCAAUGCAAUUCCUGAUGGAGGGGUAUAUGGACCUCUUAUCUCUGCUAUUUCAGUCACACCAAGCUUGGAGACUGAUACAGGACUUCCACUUCCUGUUGGAGCUCUUGUUGGUAUCGGGGCUGCUUCAUGUGUGGUCCUCCUUGUGUUGAUUUUGUUAGUACUUCGAGUGAAAGGUUACUUAGGAGGGAAAGACCAAGAUAAAGAAAGGGAACUACUAUACAAAGGCAAAAGCCCAAAGAAAACAAGCAGAGCCCAAAGAGGGAAAAAAGGCAAACAAACGGGUCAAACAGAAGUCCGAGAGCUAGAUCUGCAAACAAAAUUUUUCAGUCUAAAACAGAUCAAAGCUGCUACCAGUAACUUUGACCCUGCAAACAAGCUUGGUGAAGGAGGAUUUGGACCAGUUUACAAGGGUGUCUUGUCAGAUGGUGUAGUAAUCGCUGUUAAGCAGCUUUCCUCCAAAUCUAAGCAAGGAGAUCGCGAGUUUGUCAAUGAGAUAGGCAUGAUCUCUUCCCUACAACACCCAAACCUUGUGAGGCUUUAUGGCUGUUGCAUUGAAGGAAACCAGUUGUUGGUAAUAUAUGAAUACUUGGAGAACAAUUGUCUUGGCCGUGCACUUUUUGGUCGCGUGGAACACCAGAUAAACCUGGAUUGGCCAACAAGAAAGAAGAUAUGUUUGGGAAUAGCAAGGGGCUUAGCUUAUCUUCAUGAGGAAUCAAGGUUGAAAAUUGUUCAUAGAGACAUUAAGGCAACCAAUGUGCUGCUUGAUAAGGAUCUAAAUGCUAAGAUAUCUGACUUUGGCUUGGCCAAGCUUGAUGAAGAAGAGAACACCCACAUCAGCACGAGAAUUGCUGGAACAAUAGGAUACAUGGCUCCUGAAUAUGCAACCAGAGGAUAUUUGACAGACAAAUCAGAUGUUUACAGCUUUGGAGUAGUUCUAUUGGAGACUGUCAGUGGGAAAAGCAUUACAAAUUACAAGCCAGAGGAGGAGUUUGUUCACCUUCUUGAUUGGGCUUGUAUGCUGCAAGAGCAGGGAAACCUUUUAGAACUUGUGGAUCCAAGAAUUGGUUCAAACUACUCAAAAGAAGAGGCAAUGAGGAUGCUAAACUUGUCUCUUUUAUGCACCAACGCAUCUGCCGCCUUUAGACCGUCCAUGUCUUGUGUGGUGAGUAUGAUCGAGGGCAAUAGCCCAGUCCAAGCGCCAAUAGUGAAGCUUAGUUCAGAGAACGAGGAUUUCAAGUUUGAAGCCAUUGAGGAGCUAUCACUGGACACCCAGACAGACGUCUCCACAGUAUGUAAGACACAGAUGGAGCCAAAAAAUUUAAUUUGGACUAUAUAAUUUAAAUUUGAAAAUUUUAUAAACCAAUUGUGAUAUAAUACUGUAGUGUUUUUAAUACUAUUAUUAGUAUAUAUACCUUGAGAAAAUCCAAAAAUGGAUUAAUUCCUCGAUUUCUAUUCAAAUUAAUAAGAAUUAGUCUGUGGAUGAACCGUGUUUUGGUUCAUUAUUUACCCUUUA